AUGUGGUUCGACCUUGACUUUGGCCCUGGAAAAGUAACCUUGAGUCGGUGUGUGACCAUGAGUUGUUUGGGUACGCUAUUAAAUGAGAGAGUGUGCGAUGCAUGGAGAGCACAUUUCUUGUUGAAACUUCAAAGAGCAUCAACUAUGGCAGAUGAAGGUAUUUCAUGUGACAUCGAAGGGAGGUGUUACAUCACUUCCUAUGUCAGGCAACAAUUCGAUUUCCCCAUCCAUGGUUUGGAUCAUAAUAACCUGAUAACCUGUAGAAGGUGUUAUGAUUCGUGGCUUGGAUGGCAGAGAUAUGUCGAAAUGCAUAGACAUGGAAAUGAGAAGGUUCAUCGCCAUGUCACGGUGCUUGAUGGUGAUCUCAUACCGCCAGACCUUACACCUAAAUGCCACAUUUGCUCUCACCCAUGUUUCCUGAUGGUCCGUGGAUAUGAUGGAUUGUCUGAUAUGUUGCUGAAACCCCGUAUAAAAAAUCGGCCCUUUUGA